UCUACGGUGACUGCCUCCCUAUAUAUCGUGCUAAAGCCAUGCGCCCAGGUGUUUUCAUGUCAACUUGAAUUCUACCACAAUCUCUCUAACGCUGUGAUUCCUGCGCGACUACGCGAACCGAGAACUCCUCCCUUCACCGACCAAUUGACCAAAGUAUCGCUUCAAGCACGUCCAUUGUUUCCCCAGGCACGAUCGCACGAUUUCGAUUACUUGGAGCAUUGAAACAAUCCGAAGAACGCAAGCAUACGCAAAAAGACCAGAGAUAUACCAUCCUAGAAGGACUUUUGUCGCAGAGAUACACCAAAACACUAGUUGCGCAACCACUCGGAAAAAGGAUACGAUCAGACAUACCUGUGACAGUCUUGUUGUCCAGCCAGAGAGAGGCCUUUGGAACCACUGAAGCCAUCAUCCGAAGACUCGGAACGGUCCCGCUCAACUUGACGAAUCCGACAUUAGACUUCACCGUUCAAUAUGGUAUCAACGAGGCACCACCCAAAAUCCUUUCCAGCCCCGGCAACGUCGACCGGAACCUCUCCCUCGCCGCCUCCCGAUAGUCCGAUCUCUGUGGUCGUUCCAAGCCCCCAGAAACGCAAAGCAAAUCGCUCAGGCACCAAACAGAGCGAUGUGACUCAGCAUACCUACUCACACAAGAUCGCUCCCCUGCUCAUGAUAUGGCUGUUUGUAUCACUACCCCUGGUGACAUGGGACACAGGGUACAUGCUCAUGCGCCCGCACACGAUGCCCGGUGGAAAGUUGCAUUCGCCCAUCUGGACACCGUAUGCUCUUUACGGCACUGUCGACUAUAUAUAUGGGUGGCCCGCGUGGGAUAAUCAUGUCGGUUUCUCAGCUGCACAGGCAUCCUUGAAUGCCGUGGAGAACGUCAUGUAUAUCUAUUAUCUUAUCACCAUCCUUGGAAAUGGUGCUCAGAACUUUUUCGCCGCCGGGACUAUGGGAGAAUUCUUUGUUGGCUCCAAGUCCAAUACGGUAUCUGGCCCCGGAGUCGCUAAAGCAGUAUUGCUGUUGUUUGCAGCGACGGUAAUGACCUUGAGCAAGACUGUUUUGUAUUGGCUCAAUGAGUACUUCAGCGGAUAUUCAAACAUCGGACACAACACAGUCUAUCGCCUUAUAGUGCUGUGGAUCCUUCCCAAUGGCCUCUGGUUGAUAUUCCCAACAUACAUGAUCUGGGUGUUAGGAAAAGAAAUUGUGGCUCACAUGGACUCAGUGGAUGCCGAAUGAAGCCCGAGGACCUUUCUUCUUAAGACAGCAUCAUACUGCUUCUGUCUGGAACGGAGAUAUCUUGCUUCCAAUAAUGUCAAUCUAGCUCGAUCAGAGUCGACACGGAACAAGAACUCCCAGCUGCCUACGGUCUACGGUAGACCUUGGCCUGAGGAAAAUCAUAUUGUACUGACUACGCUGCUAUGGAGCCACUCGGUGAACCAUGCCGCCAACUGGGAUACGAGCUUACCUUUUGUCCCAAAAUGGCGCGCAUCAUAUCGUCAGGCAAAUGCUGCUGCUGGUAUGCCUCACCUCGAAUGCCGACCUGGAUGUAGACAUGAACCUUUUCUCUGACAGCUUGACAGAUGCCAUGGCGAAUGAUAUCACCUCCAGAACUAUGCGAACAAUGUACGAAAAUGAAUCGGUUUGAGUUCAGAGGAAUAUACAGUGUGCAGAUGGAUUUCAAGCCCCGUCAUCUACUCUCACUAUACUCAUCAUGACGGUGAUGUUUGAUUUAUACCUUAUCUCGAUGCGCAGUCAAGGUGGAUAUAUAAUGUCGGAUACAAGACCAUUAAACAUUGUCGGUGUUAAACUUGUCAAUUUUUGGGUAGAAGAUGCGGCGAAGGAGACCAACACGAGAAUAGUCCACAUGAUAUCUAGAUGAUCUAAUCAAUUGGUG